AUAGUUUAAUUAUUUAAUGAAAUUAAGUCAUUACUCAUUACUACUUCUAUUUCGGCAAUUAUGCGUUUUGCUGUCACCUUUCAAACCAAGUCAAGAUACGGAGAAGAGAAGAGAAGCCUGUAAUUAAAGGAGGCUGGAUAGUAAACUUAAUUAUUUAAGUUGAUAUUAGAAUUUUUUACCUCUGAUUUUUUCCAAUUAUUGUUUGUCAAGAAAUUGAGAUAGUCAUUUUGGUAGUUAAAUGUUUGAAAUCUCACUUUUGUUUAAGAAGCUGAAGGGAUAUUGGUAAUCUUUCUAACAACUAUAGGUUGCCUUGACAGGGAAGUGUGGAGGUCGAUAAUUAAGCUUUGAAGAAACUCGAUACUACCGAGGAUGGCAAGCGAUUUUGCUCGAUUCAUUGCCAAUUUGAGGCAGUCACUUUUCGACGAGAAACUCCUUGAUCAGCAAUUUCUUCAACUGGAGCGUUUGGAAUCCAACAAUGAGGGCUAUCUUGAGGAUGUUUGCGCUGACUAUUUCAAGGAUGCAGCUAAGUUUGUUGACUUAAUGGUGCCAGAACUGCAAGGACCUCCCUACGAUGCCCAUUCUAUAGAGAGCCUCCUUCAUCGGUUCAAGGGAAUGGCCAUUGGUAUGGGAGCUAUAAAAGUAACGCAUCAAAUCGAUUGCAUGAGGGAACACCUAAAGCGUGGAGAUUUUGAAGUAUGCAAGAUUGCGUUUGAGCGUAUUAAGCAGGAGAAUGAGUUCUUGCAAUUCAGACUAGAUAAUUACUUCAAGCUGAGGAAGCAAGCUCCACCUGCUGAGAUAGAGGAUCAACCCGAGUAUGGAUAUAUGGAUACUGACAGCGAGUAGGAAGUGGCAUCUCAGUCAGUCAAUGCCUUCAGAAGAUAAGUCAAUAAAGUAAUGGAUAUGCGAGUAGAUGUAGUCGAUAAACGUAUGGAAAUAAAUGGGAACAAGAGGAAGCAACUUCAAUCUGCUUUCUUUGUAUUCCUGAUUGUAGUGUUAAUAACUUGAGUCACUGAUCUCAGGUCUACUUUUGGUCAUUAUGACUUCUAUAAUCUAUUAUCAUGUUGCUAAUGCAAGUUUC